AUGAAGAACUCGCAAUACAUGAUGCCAAUUGUAUUUCUGGCAGCAUGUUUACUCUUCUGUUCAGCAGAGGUAGCAAGUUGUGCUUCAUCAAAUGUUAAGGCUGCGUAUUGGCCGUCUUAUACGGUCUCAUUCAUGCCUCCCGCCUCCAUCAACACAGCUCUCUACUCUCACAUCUUCUACGCCUUUGCAGAUAUGAAUGACCAAACAUUCCAGGUGGAGGAGCAGGAAACGAUGGGCGAAUUCACCACAACAGUGCAGCAGAAAAAUCCAAUCGUAAAAACGCUCAUCUCCAUCGGAGGCGGGGGAUCCAACUCGACUGCCUUUGCUCUCAUGGCAAGCAGUCAGAUUCGGCGUGCAGUCUUUAUAAAAUCAGCCAUCGCCCUAGCCAGACGCCACGCUUUCCACGGCAUCGACCUCGAUUGGGAGUUUCCCAGCAACACUAGGGAAAUGGAGAAUUUGGGCAAAUUGUUCUCCGAGUGGAGGCACAGCAUAAAUUUGGAGAGCAGAUCGUCGGGCAGGCCUCCUCUUCUCCUGACCGCAGCCGUGUAUUUUGCGCAGAUAUUUUUCUUAUGGGGUGAGCUCAGAAGCUACCCGGCGGCUUCCAUUGCCAAAAACCUCGACUGGGUAAAUGUGAUGGCCUUUGAUUAUCACGGUUCAGGGGACACUUCAGCCACGGGAGCCCCCGCAGCGCUUUAUGACCGCACCUCCAACGUUUCCACCAGCUAUGGGAUUUCAUCUUGGGUGGACUCCGGACUACCACAGGAAAAAAUUGUAAUGGGGAUGCCGCUUUACGGGAAAUCGUGGGUGCUCAAGUCGCAAAACCAGACGGGCAUAGGAGCUCCCGCUGUGGCGGCUGGUCCCAAGCAAAAUCUCAGCGACGAAAGUGGUACUAUGUUCUUCUCGGAGAUCACAGACUUCAUACGGGACAACCAUGCGACCGAGGUGUUUGAUAUGGAAAGUGGCUCAGCUUACUGCUACGUCGGAGAGUUAUGGGUGGGUUAUGAUAACCAGGACUCGGUUGCUGCCAAGGUUAGAUUCGCUAAGCAAAAGAGCCUUUUGGGAUACUUCUUCUGGGCCAUUAGCCAAGACAGUAAUUGGAUAUUGUCCACCACAGCUUCUCAGUCGUGGGACAAGUAUUCUUGA